AUAAGUUCAGUCCUGAGGGAGAAACGCAGAGACGAAAUUAGGUUUUGGGAAUCUGGUUAGGGUGGAUUAUGAAUGCUUUUGGACACCAGCCGUCUAACCAGCAGUCCAGCCCUAUUCAGCACCACACCGCUCAGGAGCUCCUAGACAUGGCCGUGUACUGCGACAAUUACGGUGUUUACCAGCAGAAUCUGCACCACCAUCACACUCAGAGGCCGCCGACUCACCCCUCCAGUUACGGCCUCGGAGAAUACACGUCCCCGUCCGCAAACCCGUACCUAUGGUUAAACGGACCGAGCAUCAACUCUUCUCCUUAUCUUCAAGGGAACAACGGCACGUCUUACAUUCAAUCUGGAUACGGGUCGAACCAGAGGCAGUUCUUGCCGCCUCCCACCGGGUUUGGUGGCGCUGACCUGGGAUGGCUGUCCAUAUCCAGCCAGCAGGAGCUUUUCAAAAUGGUUAGACCGCCUUAUUCUUACUCCGCACUGAUAGCAAUGGCCAUACAAAAUGCCCAAGACAAAAAGUUGACUCUUAGUCAGAUCUAUCAAUAUGUGGCUGACAACUUCCCUUUCUACAAGAAGAGCAAAGCUGGGUGGCAGAAUUCAAUUCGCCACAACUUGUCACUGAACGACUGUUUCAAAAAAGUGGCACGGGACGAGGAUGACCCAGGUAAAGGAAACUACUGGACACUGGACCCAAACUGUGAGAAGAUGUUUGACAACGGGAACUUUAGGCGUAAGAGAAAGAGGAGAGGAGAUAUAAACGGAGCUGACAGCACAGCACUUCCAGUCAAAUCAGAAGACGGUGCACAUAAGCUCUCUGACACCGCCAGCCUCAUAAACUCCUCCCCGCCUAGCCUGCACGGAUCCCCGGCCUCCACUGAGCCCAAGUCGUCCCCGUCCCCCUCCGCGGAGCCCAGCCCCUGUUUCAGCAGCUUCGCGUCCAGCGUGAACUCUCUGCUGGCGAACGGCGGCGGGGGAAGCGACGGCGCCCGGGGCGUGGAGCGAGGAGACUACGGCUCCGGGCACGCCGGGGGACCAUCUCAAUCCAGAGAGGGCAUGUCUGGACUGGGCGCCUACUCGCCCACUGUGAUCGCUCCUCUGAACUCUGACAACAACCGAAUGAACUAUUACACAUCAGUACAGAACCUCUCCAACCAUUUCAGCGUGAAUAACCUCAUAUACGGCCGGGAAGGAACAGAGGUGUAGACUGUUCAGUUCUUAUGUAACCCCCUGUUAAUAUUCCUUUUCUGGUGUGGUUGGCCUCCUUGUAGUAUGACUACUGGAACUAUACCGGUGCUUAUUCCAACAACUCUUCCAAACUGGGAACUUUGGUCAGUGUAUUUAAGAGGAAAGUGCCUCUGCUCAUUUACUGCAACAGAUACACAAUUACUGCUCAGAUCACACAUUUUCCCACUGAGAUCUCGCAGGUAGAUUUUUUUAAAUACAUGUUGUAACUGCGCAGUUGGACCGACCUGUCUUUAAAAGAAGAUGCCUAUGUACAGAAAUUAUUUUCAUAAGAAGA